GGGGUGCGCGCCGAGACCGGCUCCCGCCUCAGCGGGACCGAGGGCUACGAGACCGAGGGCAUCCGAGGACUUCGAGCCCUGGGGGUCAGGGAGCUGUCCUACAAGCUGGUCUUCCUGGCCUGUUACGUGGCACCGACGAAUCCACGGUUUGGUGGAAAAGAGCUCCGAGAUGAAGAACAGACUGCAGAAAGCAUUAAAAACCAGAUGUCUGUGAAAGAGUGGGAAAAGGUUUUUGAAAUGAGCCAGGAUAAGAAUCUUUACCAUAACCUAUGUACCAGUCUCUUCCCCACGAUCCAUGGUAAUGAUGAAGUGAAACGUGGGGUCCUGCUGAUGCUUUUUGGAGGAGUUCCAAAGACCACUUCAGAAGGCACUUCACUGCGUGGGGACAUCAAUGUUUGUGUUGUGGGUGAUCCAAGUACAGCCAAGAGCCAAUUUCUAAAGCAUGUGGACGAGUUCAGUCCUCGUGCUGUGUACACCAGUGGCAAAGCCUCCAGUGCUGCUGGUCUAACAGCAGCUGUUGUAAAAGAUGAAGAGUCUCAUGAAUUUGUCAUUGAAGCUGGAGCACUGAUGCUGGCGGAUAAUGGGGUUUGUUGCAUUGAUGAAUUUGACAAAAUGGACGUGCGGGAUCAAGUAGCCAUUCACGAAGCAAUGGAGCAGCAGACUAUAUCCAUUACUAAAGCAGGAGUCAAGGCUACACUAAAUGCCAGGACCUCCAUUUUGGCUGCAGCAAACCCAGUUGGCGGGCGGUAUGACAGAUCCAAGUCACUGAAACAGAACAUAAACCUGUCAGCUCCCAUCAUGUCUCGCUUUGAUCUCUUCUUCAUCCUUGUGGAUGAAUGUAAUGAGGUUACGGAUUACGCCAUCGCCAGACGCAUAGUGGAUCUACAUGCCAGAAUAGAAGAAUCUGUUGAUCGUGUCUAUUCAUUAGAUGAUAUCAGAAGGUACCUGCUGUUUGCAAGGCAGUUUAAACCAAAGAUAUCUAAGGAGUCUGAGGAGUUUAUAGUGGAGCAGUACAAACGGCUGCGGCAGCGCGACGGCUCCGGGGUGGCCAGGUCGUCCUGGAGGAUCACGGUGCGGCAGCUGGAGAGCAUGAUCCGGCUCUCCGAGGCCAUGGCCCGCAUGCACUGCUGCGACGAGGUUCACCCAAAACAUGUAAAGGAAGCUUUCAGGCUUUUAAAUAAGUCCAUCAUUAGAGUUGAGACUCCUGACAUCAAUUUAGACCAAGAUGAUGAACAGCAAAUGGAGGAUCAAGGGGAACAAGAUGGAGGCAAUGGUGAGGCAGAAGCUCCAGCUGGGACCAAUGGUCUUGUGAAUGGGAUCAAUGGCCAUGCUGAGGACGUGAACAAGGAUGCUGCACCCAAAGCUGCUCUUAGACUGGGCUUCUCUGAGUAUCGGCGAAUUUCUAAUCUUCUGGUGCUGCACCUCAGGAAAGCAGAGGAAGAAGAGGAUGAUUCAUCAUUAAAGAAGAGUGAGCUUAUUAAUUGGUAUCUAAAGGAAAUUGAAUCUGAAAUAGAAUCUGAAGAAGAUCUAAUAAAUAAAAAGAAGAUCAUAGAGAGAGUCAUUCACCGACUUACACAUUAUGACCACAUUCUGAUAGAGCUGUCCCAGUCAGGGCUGAGAGGAUCCAGCGAAGUGGAGACUUUUGAUGAAGAUCCAUACCUGGUUGUCAACCCAAACUAUCUGCUGGAAGACUAGGGGCUGGGAACUGGACUGACUGCAGAGCUGACCAGUUACACGUUGGAAAAUGCUUUCUUUUGUUGCAAGGGUUGCUGUAUAGCUAACAUCAAAGUCCUAUGAAUGCUUCACUGGGGAGUGUACCAAUGUGUGGUUAGUAAUAUAUGAUUGCUCUUUUCCAUUGAGCAUACCUAGAAAGUGAUGACAGAAGUGACACUUUAUAUUAGUCUCAUUAAUUCUGGGUUUCAGCACCAUGAUCCAGAUGCAGAGGUGAAUCAUUCAAUAGCUCUUUUCAGCAUCAAGCUAUCUAGAUGCUUCUGUUCUAAAUGA